CCAGGGAGGACCGCUGAGCGGCGGGCAGGGGAGAAGGGACCGUGGUCCUCCAGGCCUCCUCCUGUUUCCACACCGUCCGCGGGAGGGGAGCGGAGAGCAGCGGGCGGCCUGCGAGGAGCGCGAGGGCUCCCCGUCCCUUUGCGGUCCUUCGGAGAGGGGUUGCUGCAGGGACCCGAGAGGCUGGGCGCGGCUGUCUCUGGGCCCUACGCUUUCCCACAGCCCUGACAGGUACCAUGGGGAAUGUUUUUGAAAAACUGUAUAAAAGUCUGUUUGGGAAAAAGGAAGUGCGGAUUCUUAUGUUGGGUUUGGAUGGAGUAGGAAAAACCACCAUAUUGUAUAGAUUGAAGCUGGGAAGGACUGUGGCUACUAUCCCUACAAUAGGUUUCAAUGUGGAGACGGUGGAAUAUAACAAUAUCAGCCUCACCAUCUGGGAUGUCAAUAGCCAUUGUAAACACAGACCUAUGUGGAGACAUUAUUUUAAGAACACCAAUGGUCUGAUUUUUGUGGUCGAUAGCAACGACAGAGAACGGAUCAGUGAGGCCCAAGAAGAGCUAACCAAAUUGUUAAUGGAAUAUGAGCUCCUAGAUGCAGUAUUGUUGGUGUUUGCAAAUAAACAGGAUGUUCCCAAUGCUAUGAGCAUAGCAGAAAUAACAGACAAGCUUGGCUUACAGUCCCUCUGCCAGAGAAACUGGCACAUUCAGGCUACUUGUGCCACCAGUGGAGACGGGCUUUACGAAGGCCUGGACUGGUUCUCCAACCAGCUUAAGAACCAGAAGUGACUGGAAGCAAUCCAUUCCUGUGCAUCAUGGCAGAAUCAGCUGCUUGUGUGUGUGCGCGCCAGGAGCAAGUGUGGAUGUGUGGCUGGGAGUGGGCCAGCGUCCUCACACUGUGCCUUGUAUCUGCUAUAAGAAAACCAGUGUCACAUUUCAAGGAAAACCAGCGUUACAUUUUGUACACUACCUCCUACUGCAGGAGCUUUGAUGAUCAUUUCUACAGUUGAUGGAGGAAUCCUGAGGGCUGUCGGGUACACAGGAGCCAGAGUGGUGGUCAUGGUGGAAAGAAGAGGGGCUGCUGGCAUGAGGACCACGUUCAGUUGUGAAGCCCUGGAUCUGGCGUCUCUGCAUACCCUGGGGCCUUUUAGACGUUAGAGUCUACGAGAGGAAGGAACUGUCACUCUUUCUAUCACUGCCAGAGCUAGAUGCUCACUAUUCUGUGCUUUCAAGCAAAAGGCACUUGCUGACCACAGGUUUGAAGUUCAGAAUUGAACUUUUCCUUUCAGCUGCAUCCCAGCCCCAACUUCCCGGUAUAACAUACUUUAUUUCAAGGAAUCAGUGGUCUUUUUCACUAGAGUAUCCAGACUAUAUAAACACUAGAAAAUGAUCCAGUUCCUUUGCUCAUUUGCCUUCCCCCCCCCCCCCCCAAAAUGGAGACCAUUUUGGGUAGUAACCCAGCAUGGGGCUAAAGCUCUUUGCUGGGACCAUAGCCAAGCGAAGGUUCUGGAAAAGAAAGCAAGGUGACAGUCAUGUUUGUGUCCUUGCAUCACCCUCUCAGGUUUCAGGCUCCUGAGACUGAUUCUCUUGCUUCUCUGUUCUGUGCUGAAUGUUCUCGCUUUCAAAGCAGGAGGUUUGUUCCUGGGAAUGCAUCAUCACCCUAUACAGUAUUUCAAUCCAACUUCUGGUUUGGGCUAACUUCUGUUCCCAGAACUACACACCUGUGAGUUAUGAGAGUUUGUGAGAGAAUCAAGAGGUUAAUUCAGAGGACAAAAUUUCCCCCAACCCCUAGUGUUUAUUGCCUGAGUUGGUGUGAAAUUUUGCCCUCCCGGUAAUGGCUAGCCUGUACCGCUGUCCAUGGUACUGACUCCCUCUUCUGGAUGGUGGUAUGUCUUACCUGGAAACAUGCUUUAUGUUGUCAAAAUGUUAAUGAAAACGGCUUGGAGAUGGGCUAAGUUCUCUCAAUAGUCUCGAGCUCUUUUGCUCAGACAUUUGCUGGCCAAAUUUGUACACGUUUCCACUACUUUACCUUUUAAAGUUCCUUUAAAAAAAUCUAUUGAAGUUACAGAGGUUUAUUUUAACAAAGGUGAAUUUUUAGAAAAGUAAACCUUGUUUUUGAUAACAAUGAAGUUGACAUUACUGGGGAGAAAUUGCAUACCAUGACAAGUGUAGGUGUAAUGUUUUUCUUUAAAAUGUUGUCUUUAAAGACUGUUCAUUGCAAUAUUGUCAGCUAAGUCCAGAUUUGCUUGUUUAAACAUAGAGUAAUCCCUGAGAAAUGUUUAGAUUCUGUGCUUAAAUUGGCCGGGACUGUGUCUUACGCUUGUGUAUUUUUUGCUUAGUGCAGUGUACUUAGUACAGUGCUAGGCUUCACUGAACACUGUUGAUUGGUUGAACAAUAAAAAACUUGCUUUGGAAGGAA